GGAGAGGAGGAUGCCUCGUCGCCUUUUCAGUCUUUGGUGUCGGUGGUUGCCGCGUUAGGGAAGGGAAGGCGGGAGGGGCUGGUGGCGGCGGCGGCUCUGAAGGGGGAAGAAUGGCACGGGGGGCCGGGCAGCGUUGAGGGGGGCCCGCCAUCCCCCGAGGGAGGGUCGAGGGAGAGAGGGCCGGGGCGGCGGCGGCGGCGGCGGCGGAAGGAAAAGCCGCAGCCAGAAAGCCGGUCGGUGGGGCGGCUGCUCAAGCUGCGGCUCUCCUGUUCGGAGGGGAGGAAGGAGGGAGGAUGGAGCAAGAGGAGAUCCUGAGGAAAUUCAUCCAGCGUGUCCAGGCUAUGAAGAACGCGGACAACAACGGGGAGGACAACUUCGCCGCCGAGUUCAUGAGGCUAAGGAGGCUAUCAACCAAGUAUAUAACAGAAAAGAUCUACCCAACAGUCACAGGAGAAAAAGAAGAAAAUGUGAAAAAGAACAGAUACAAGGAUAUACUGCCAUUUGACCACAGCAGAGUUAAACUGACUUUAAAAACGCCCCCACAAGAUUCAGACUACAUCAAUGCAAAUUUUAUUAAGGGAGUCUGUGGGCCAAAAACAUAUGUAGCAACCCAGGGACCACUAGCAAAUACAGUAGUAGAUUUCUGGAGGAUGAUAUGGGAGUACAGUAUUGCAAUUAUUGUAAUGGCUUGUCGUGAAUUUGAAAUGGGAAGGAAAAAAUGUGAGCGUUAUUGGCCUCCAAAUGGAGAGGAAGGUGUGUCUUUUGGACCAUUUCAUAUUUCUUGUGAAGCUGAGCAAGCAAGAACAGACUACUAUAUUAGAACUCUGCUACUUGAAUUUCAAAAUGAAACACGUAGGGUAUAUCAGUUUCAUUAUGUGAACUGGCCUGAUCAUGAUGUUCCUUCAUCAUUUGAUUCUAUUCUGGACAUGAUCAGCUUAAUGAGAGAAUACCAGGAGCAUGAAGACGUUCCUAUUUGUAUACACUGCAGUGCAGGGUGUGGAAGAACGGGAGCCAUCUGUGCCAUAGAUUACACAUGGAAUUUGUUGAAAGCUGGGAAAAUACCAGAGGAUUUCAAUGUGUUUAGCUUAAUUCAAGAAAUGAGGACGCAGAGACAUUCUGCGGUACAGACUAAGGAGCAGUAUGAACUUGUUCAUCGAGCCAUAGCACAGUUGUUUGAAAAGCAACUGCAAAAAUAUGAGAACUGUGCCAACUGGGAAAUUGCAGAUGGGCUGAAUGAAGCUAGCACAGAGAAUACAGUUAUUUCUGGAGACAUCGAGAAACAGGAUUCUCCUCCACCAAAGCCACCUCGGACACGCAGCAGCUGCCUUGUAGAAGGAGAUGCUAAAGAAGAAAUUCUGCAGCCUCCCGAGCCUCAUCCAGUGCCACCUAUUUUGACUCCAUCACCUCCUUCUGCCUACCCAACUGUCACAACUGUGUGGCAGGACAAUGAUCGAUACCACCCGAAGCCUGUCUUGCACAUAGUUUCUUCGGAACAUUCGGCAGAUGUGAAUGAAAACUACAGUAAAGCAUCAGACCAUUCAGGGAAGAAUGAACUGUCUGAAUAUGUAGAGAAGAAGCUGGAGUGCAACUUGAGUUUUGAAAUUAAAAAAGUCCCUCUUCAAGAGGGGCCAAGGAGCUUUGAUGGCAACUCUCUCUUGAAUAGGGGACAUGCAAUUAAAAUUAAAAGUGGCCCUUCUUGUGCACUGGAUAAAACAUUUAAGCCACAAGAGCAAGGCUCAGGAGAUGCAUCUGUUGAUACCUUGCAAAACUCUUGUAUGGAAUGCAACAUGCAGCAACAGAAUACAGCUGUAAUAUCUUCGCUGGAAGGACAUCAGUGCCUUAUAGGUUCUGAUUCUGUGCAGAGACCAGACUGUUUGCCUCUCAAAGAGAAGGGAUGUGGUAGAUGGUUGCUACAAGGGGCUGAAAAUGUACAGCCUACAUCAACACCAGAGGACACACAAUUUGCUGUUUUAUGUCCUGGUGUUAAAAGUCUGUCAGUAUCACCAAACUCACCAUCUCAAAUGGAUCUCUCUUCCAAUAAAUUGACAGAUCUCCAUCAUACAGCUGCAGUUUCAGUUAGAGUCCCCCUUUGUUUUACAAAUCCGCUGCAUUCUGAUGAUUCUGAUACAGAUGAAAUGAACUCUGGUGAAGCCAGGUCUCAAAGCAUGUCUAAUAUUUCAACCGCAAGUGCCACAGUUUCUGCCGCUGUUAGCACAGAAAACAUUUCGGCUAGAAAAGUAUUGCCAAUGUCCAUUGCAAGGCAAGACUCUAUAAUUGUAGUGCAUUCUAGAGCCCACAAAGAUGCUGGUGCUAGUGAAGACUCCUGUCCUCCUCUUCCAGAAAGGACGCCAGAGUCUCUUGUGCUUGCAAGUGAACAGAUCACAGCCUUGCCCAAAGCUGUUCUCCUUCCACAAGCUGCUGAAUGGAGUUCAUUACAAAACCAGAAAACUUCUGAACAAACACAAUAUGCUAACAUCCUGAAACGGAAGACUCAUCACAGACUGACAGAAUACCUCAGCCUCAUCUCUCCAGUCCCAUAGCUAGAGGAGAUCCCACUUCUGAAGUUCCGAAUGAAACUACAGCUAUUGAUUUUGGAAACCGCUGUGGAAAACCGAAAGGACCAAGAGAGCCACCUUCAGAAUGGACAUGAUGAACACUUGCUAAUUUUUAUACUGGAAUACUCAAGUGCCACUGAACUAGAACAGUAGUAUCCCAUUCUUUAUUGGGGGAGGGAGAGGGGGGAGAGGGACUAACAGUGUAAACACAACUACACAAUGGUAAUCUGUAGCUGUACAUUCACCCAAAUCUUAAAUAUUCAUAACAGUGGAGUCUAGUAUUGCAAUCUAACUUUGAGGCCAUCAACCUGCCUUAUUACACUUAGUAGCAAGUAUUACAUAAGGUUUAUUUUAUUACUUCAAGUAUUAUUGCCUUAAUGUCCUUUUAACCCUGUUACACACUGUUUAUAGACAUGUUAAUAUAGUGAAACUUUUGACAAAUUGAGUUUAUGGAAAACUUUUUUGCCAAUGUUUGAUUACCAUGUACACUUUAUUUUGUAUACGUGCAGGGCAAACAGGUAUAUAAUUUGAUAAAGCUGCAAUCAUAAAGUAUUAACAGAAGGUGUAAGCAGUCUCUGCAUGAUCUAAAUUUUUGUGUACCCCUAUUUGUAAAUUAUUUGCCCUACUGUUAGUAAAUAGCUGUUUUUUUUAAGUGCUGAGCGCAUAUCCAGAACUACAAGAUAGCAGAGAUGACAAUUGUAAUACAUUUUGUAAAUUGUAAACAAAAGGUUAUUUUUAUAUUAUAUGCUGUUUAACUGUCACUUCUGAUUUGUCCUGGUUUUCAUCUAAUUAUGGAGAGUCCGUAAGUGCCUUGAAAUACCAGAUUUUUAGCCUAAAUAUGUUUCUGAUUGCAACAGCGUAUCAUCAAAUAUUCAAACUGUGCCAGUAAAUGAGAACACUUAAACUCGCUCUUCAAUUAUUGUUCGUAGUAUAUUUCAACUACAGAGUGUAAAAGUGUAACAUUUCUAGAAAAAAGUAUUUCUAGCCGACACCAGGUUUAUUAUUACAGUAUACUAAUGGGUGUUUAUUUGUUCAAACCCUUUGAAGACACACUGUUGAAAGAACCAUUGAGGGAUACUCCAAUUUGCUAGAGAAAAAUAACUGUUUCACUAAAUGGUCAGGCAUGCAUGUAAAACUAAGGGUUCUUACAGAACUCUCGAGUCAACACUAUCUCUUGGCCUCAUACAAGGACAGGGUUAAGUCUUGUACGGCUCCACUACGUCUGUGUUUUUGUUUCUGUAACAUAAAUUUAAAGUAAAGAACUAUUUCUUCA